AUGCUGUCGUACUUCUUUUUCAUCAAGACUGCAGCUGGAAACAAGAACGGUAUCAUGCAAGCAAAGAUGUUCCCACACCGCGACUCGAACCCGGGCCUGCUGGGUGAGAGCCAGCUAUCCUAA